AAAAAAAAAUUUUGGUUAACGCUAACCAAAGAUUGUUUUAAGAAUUUUUGCUACAAAUUUAGGAAAAAAAUAUUUAAAAUAAGUUUUCUUCUAAUAAAAGUUAACUAUUUCUAAUGAGAUUAGCUUUAAUGUUUGGUUAAGUAUAAAAAUAAUUAAACAAAUAUUUAUUGUUGAAAUACCGUUAUUUUAAAUCACUUCAAAACACUAUGAAACAGAAAGAGAAACGUACGCGUUGUCAAAACUUUUCCCUACAAGAAGAAGACAUUCUCAUCUCUUUGGUGGAACAAUAUAAAGAUAUAGUGGAAUCGAAGAAAAUCGAUGGUAAAACAUCGAAAGAAAAACAUGCGACAUGGGAACAGAUACAAAAUACAUUCUGUACACAUACAGGUACGUUUAGGACAGCGAAAAUGUUAAGGGAAAAGUAUGAAAACAUGAAAAAGAAAGCCAAAUUGUUAAUGGCCACACAAAACUACGAAGAUAUGGAAACAUCAUCUUGCAGUUGUUCCCAAUUACGUAGCACAACAAUACAACGUUUGAUAGGUGUAUUAGCAGAAGCAACAGCAACCGUAGACAAUAGUUUUGAGGAGAUCACGGGGGAAAAUAUAAAAAAAGAAGAAGCCUGGACGGAAGGAGAUAUGGAAGCUGAAGUUUUAAACAUUACACCAGAUGUACAAAUACUAACACAUGAAAAUUGGAAGCCACCAACAAAGAAAUCCAAAAAAUCCUUAAGAUUAACUAAAACCAAGAAGCGUAAAAUACAAAAUUAUGAAAAGAUCACCUUAAGAGCGGCUAAGGCGAAAUUGAAAUUCUUUAAAAAUGAAGAAAUUCGAGCGACACAACGUCACGUCUGGGAAAGGAAAUUGCAUGAGAAACGUUUGAAGUGGGAGGCGGAAUUGUGUGAGAAAAAGCUGGAGCUAUUAAAUGUGCAAAUAGAAAAGGAGAAAUGUGACAUGAAUAGGUAGAAGAACUAAGGCAAAGCUAUGUAGGUAUGUAAAGUGGUUAUCGAGUAAUCGUUUUAAUUUAUACUCAAGUACCUAUAGGUUUAAAAAUUUUUAUAUUAUGAAUAUUUCUAUGAAAAUCUAUUAAAAGUUUUAAAAAAAUUAUCUAACAAAUGAAUUUGAAUAAAAAAAAAUCCGGUUAUUCGGUUGAAUUUUCUAAAACGAUUAAUAUCGGUUACUCGUCUAAAAAAACUUCAAAAUUUUGAAAAGUUCUUUGGAAUCAAUGAUUAUUUACUAGAAAUAAUAUAGAAAUUUGAUUUUUAGCAUAAUUUAGUACAAAUUUUGAAAUGAGUAACUGAUUUAGUGAAACUUUAGAAGCGGUUAUCGAGUAACCAUUAUAAAUAUCUAUGUAACCACAUCAACUUCAACAGAAAUCUAUCAAAUGACAUGAAUUUAUUGAAAAUUUUAAAUGGUUACUCGAGUACUCGUUUUUGAAAACUGUUCAAAUUUAGAAAAUUUUUUGGAAAUUUUUAAGAAUUCUUUAACGAAUACUUUAUUUAACAAAAAUAUAUUAAUUAUUCGAAUUUUUUGCGAAUAUUGAAAUGGUUACUCGAGUACCCGAUUGCAAUACUUCCAAAUUUUGAAAAUUUUCUUUAAGAAAACUAUAAAUUUCUUUAAAACAAUAUAGAAAAUUUAAUUUUAUUUAUUUUAUUUAUUUAUUUAUUUAUUCAGUAAUAUAAAGCCACUUUGGCCAAAAUAACAAUAUUACAUAGUAAAAUAUACGCCUUAAAAAUAUUAU